AUGUCGGAAGGCAUCAUGUCAGAUGGUGUCAAGUUGGAAAACGUCAAGUCAGACGCCAUCUUUUCCAUCAACUCAAAAUCCAACGAUGACUUCAUUCCGGGAACCAUAAAUAUUUAUUCCUUCAGUGCCCAAGAAGGUGAAACCGACUUGCAGGUGACAGAUGAUCACAUCAUUCUCUUACCUCAACCUACCCAGUCGGUCAACGACCCUCUCAACUGGACCAAGAGCAAGAAGUUGUGGAACUUUUUUGUUUUGGCCUUCAUUACGGGUUUCACUGCUGCUACGUCCAACGAUGCUGGCUCCAUUCAGGACUCGCUUAACGAGAUUUACGGAAUCUCUUACGAUGCCAUGAACACAGGUGCCGGUGUCUUGUUUAUUGCUAUCGGAUGGGCAACUUUCCUAUUCACUCCAUUUGCCAGUUUGUACGGAAGAAAAAUCACCUAUUUCAUCUGUAUCUUCCUUGGUCUUGGAGGUGCCGUGUGGUUCUCCCAGUGUAGAACCACCUCCGACAGUAUUUGGUCCCAGUUGUUUGUGGGAGCUUCUGAGGCUUGUGCCGAAGCACAUGUGCAACAGUCACUUACCGAUAUGUAUUUCCAGCAUCAACUUGGUUCCGUUUUGACCGUCUAUAUUACUGCUACCUCCGUGGGUACUUACUUGGGUCCAUUGAUUGGAGGCUUUAUUGUUCAGUACGUUGGUUUCAGAUGGGUGGGAUGGAUUGCUGUUUUCAUCUCCGCUGCCUUGUUGAUCGUCAUUGUCUUCGCCAUGCACGAGACCUACUUCGACAGAAGACUCUAUCAUGGUGUCAUUCUGACGGGACUUCCGGGAACUGAGGCUCGCAAUGAGAAAAAGGUUUUGGAGAAGAAGACCAUCGUAGACUCCAAGAACUCUGACUCCAACUCGGUGAACUCCAACUUGUCGAAACAUGAUAACGAUUUGGAAUUGGCCAGAACAGCUAACAAUGGAGCCUCAGAACCCAAGAACAGCUACUGGAAGUCUGUGGCCAUGAUCACUCCCUCUACCAACAUGAUUGGUACUGGUUUCAAGCAGUAUUGUAAGCGUCUCAUUUUGCUUUUCAGAGUGUUCCUCUUCCCUCCAUGUAUUUUCUCCGGUUUGGUGUGGGGAAUGCAAGAUGCCUUGUUGACUUUCUACUUGACUGUGGAAGAUGACCAAUACUACGACCCACCAUACAACUACAGCAACACUGGUGUUGCGCUCAUGAACGUUCCAUGUUUGAUUGGUUCCAUCAUUGGAUGUAUCUACGCCGGUGUUGUCUCCGAUUGGUUCACCAUCUGGAUGGCCAAGCGUAACAAUGGUAUCCAAGAAGCUGAGUUCAGACUCUAUUUCCUUAUUAUACCAGCCGUGUUGUGUCCUGUUGGAUUGAUCCUUUUUGCCGUGGGAACUGACCAGCAAUGGCAUUGGUUCCCCACCUAUUUCGGUUUGGGACUUGUGGGUCUUGGAUUUGGUUCUUCUGGUGACGUUGCCAUGGGUUAUUUAAUGGAUGCAUACCCUGAGAUGGUCAUUGAAAUGAUGGCCGGAGUGUCUGUGAUCAACAACAUGUUUGGAUGUAUUUUUACCUUUGCUUGCUCGCCAUGGUUGAAUGCUAUGGGAAACACCAAGACGUUUAUUAUUUUGGCAGUGAUCACCUGUGUGAUUAUGGGCAGUAGUAUUCCAUUCAUUUAUUUUGGUAAGAGAAUUCGCUUGUGGACCAAGCCUUGGUACCUUGAUUUCUGUGAAAGAAGAGACAGAAUGGAAGGAUAG